AUGCUGUCCCAAGAAUCCAGCUUGCCUGGUCCAGCCAGAUCUUGUCAGUGCAAGACAAGUCAGCAACCUCCUCCAUGUCCUCAACAGCUGCUGUUCGACCAUGCACAGGACUGGCAUUUAGCAGCAGUACUUCAGUGCUCACGGGUACGUUCAUGUGGCAACGAGGUCUUUAAAAUGGAGAGAAGCUAAAGGGGGGGGGGGACUGUAUUACAGGUCUGCGAACUUUCUUGGCCUGCCCACCAAAUCAUCAUGGCCAGGGCUGGCAAUUGGAGUACCCUCUUCCCUUCCCUGAUUAUCCCUUCUGAUAUUAAAUAUGCCUAAUGGCUAUAUUGUAUCUGCUAUAAUGGAGCAAUAUAACACAGACAGCACUACAGAGCAGCAAGCACUGGGUUAGAGCGAAAGAAAGUGACUGCGCUGAGCUGCCUCAUCCUUCCGCUUGCAGGGAUCCUCACCUCAACUGUCUCCACCAGGGGAUAGUCCACUGCUCAGCUCUCAUCUGGUCACCUUCUUUCCUCUUUCCAGGGGGUUCACAAUCGGUACCCAGGUUCUCAGGUAAAAAAAAUGCCCAGAGGUUGGAAGAAAUGUCUAGAGUUGGAAGGAAUGCCAAGGAUCAUUUAAUCCCACCCCCUGCAAUGCAGGAAUCUCAAUUAAAGCAGCCAGGACAGAUGGCCGCUCAAUCUCUGCUUUCAAACCUCCAAGGAAGGAGAGUCCACCACCUUUCGAAGGAGUUUGUUCCACUGUCAAACAGCUCUUACUGUCAGAAAGUUCUUCCUGAUGUUGAGUCGGAAUCUCCUUUCUUGUAACUUGAAGCCAUUGGUUUGACCCCUACCCUCUGGACCAGGAGAAAACAAACUUGUUCCAUCUUCCAUGUGACACCCUUUAGAUAUUUGAAGGUGGCUAUCAUUUCUCUUAGUCUCCUUUUCUCCAGGCUAAAUAUAUCCAAGUCCCUUAACCAUUUCUCAUAUGGCUUGGUUUCCAGACCCUUGACCAUCUUGGUUGCCCUCAUCUGCACACAUUCCAGCUUGUCAGUAUCCUCCUUAAAUUGUGGCACCCAGAACCAGACACAAGACUUCAGGUGUGGUCUGAGCAAGGCAGAAUAGAGCAGUACUUCCCUCAAUCUGGAUACUACUGUUGAUGCAGCCUAGAAUAGCAUUAUCUCCCCCCACUUUUUUUUGCUGCUGCAGCAGCUGCAUCACAUUGUUGACUCAUGCUAAACUUGUGGUCUGCUAAGAUCCCUAGAUCCUUUUCACAUGUACUACUGGCAACCCAGGUGUCCCCCAUUUUAUAUUUGUGCAGCUGGUUAUUUCUGCCUAAGUGUAGAACCUGACAUGUGUCCCAGUGGCCAAAGUAACAUGGAUGUUUGGGUCCCCUUAGGCAGCCUCCAGAAGAGUAGAACUUCCAGUGAGAUAUAUUAUAAUGUGACCCCAACACCCUCCAACAGUUGGCUGCCCUGCUUGAAGGUUGAACCUGGAGUCCAUUGAUGCCUCCCCACCAUCUGAACAGGCAGUGGUGAUAGAUCAGUCCAAGUCCAAUAGUUUAAAAGUUUUAUUCAGCUGUAGGUGUAACAGGAUUAAUAGAGUAACAUACACAAAAGAAUAAAGCAUUCAGAGUGUCUCCUGUGUCUAAACCCAGGUGCUUUAUUAAUGUAUUUAUUUAUUUAGAGCAUUUGAAGAACAGAUUAUAAAUGUUCUCAGAGCAGCUUACUUAAAAUCACAGAAGAUGCUCCCCACUCAGGCUUACAAUUGAAGAAAAACAACACACAAAGGGACAAGGAGGAAAGAGGAAAAUCAGAACUGGGGCACCAAUUUCUAUUGGCCAGUGGCACAGCUCAGAGGCAGUAAGUGCCUAAUGGCACUGGACCACCAGCCAAGUGGAUGCAAGGAGCCUUGUGUUUCCCAUGUCUCCCAUGAAGACUGUUUGCUGGAACAGCUGCCCCCAAGUGACAAUGGAGGGAGAAGAGGUCUGAUGAGAUGGUCCUGUCACAGCAGAUGGAUGGAGUGAUCUCUUGCACCUCCCUUGGUUAUCCCACGCUGUUCCACCACACACUCCUGUACUUCCACAACGCCUUCCUCCAGCUUCUCUUCCUUUCUGCUCCACCUUUGCCUUCCCCCCUAUCUUCUUCCAACACAGGGUGUGUUUUUGUGAUUGGCUCCUGGCUUUUUGCUUCCCAGUGGUGACUCACCCAGUUCCUUGCCUUGCUGUUCCAGACCAGAUAAGGAAAUCUAAUCUUUUGAUGCAGUACCACAUCUUGCACCCAGAGAUUCUUCAUUGAGAACUGUCCUUAUGAAAAUCCCUGCAUCCGUCAGCUUCCUAUGUAAAACCCUCCCCCAGACAUCUCUGUGGGUCUGGCUUCAUUCCCUCCUGCUCUGCCCCAGAAGAACUCUAUCCAGGAGUUUGUGUUAGGCUGUGGAUACACCAGAGUGAUAACAUGCACAUGGGUCACACAGAUCCCAUGUUUUCCAUGUGGGCUUUUGUUCACAUUUGUUGACAUGAGCACUUUCACUUGAACUCCUCAAUGUUUCCCAGCACACUAGUAGGUUGUGCUUGCCUGGAGGCUAUUGUCCCCUCACUCAGGACUUCCCACACUCCCUGAGUGCCAGAAAUCUGAGGUCUAUUGUGGGCACACAUGGAGGUAUUUGUUUGCCUUUGUACAUGGCCAAUUUCUUUUAAAAAAUAGAUGUGAGUUUUCUGACAGAACAGUGUGUUGAACAUAUUUUCUGUAAAACGUGUGGGUUCCAGCCCACCCUCCCCGAGCUUUGCUGAGACCAUUUGACUACCUGUGCUGGCAGCCAUUUUUAAAACUUUAUUUUGGAAAUACAAAGUUUUCCAAUAUGCCAAACUUGCACAAAACAGUAGACUGUUUUUUUUAAGUGUGUGUCAUGACUGCUGCCACCAGCAACUCACCUAAAGCAUCUCACCAGCAGAAAGAGGGGGUGUGGGGACAAAUGGCACCUAGCAAACCAUCACAUCACAGGGGUAAAAAUACAUGCCCACACAAUGCACUUCAAUAUGCUCACCAUUUGGCAGCAUUUGGUUUUAUGUUAGAUUUUCCCCACCUUACUGCAGUAUCUAUGGAUCAGGGAAAUCUCAAUUAAAUGACAGUUGGAUGCAGGUAUCACCAAGGCAGAAGACAUGUAUGUGUGGGAUGCAUCAUGCCCACUUAAAGAUGCUGGAUGUAUAAAGCCGUCAUCAUAGACCAAUAAACUCUUAAAAUAGAAGAGUUGGAAAAGACCCACAAAAGUAAUUCAACUCCCUGCAAUGCUGGAAUCACAGCUGAAGAAUCCCUGAUAGAUGGCCACCCAACCUCUGUUGAAAAAUCCUCAAUGAAGGAGAGACCACCACCUUCCAAGGGAGUCCAUUCCACUGUUCUCACUGUUGGAAAGUUCUUCACAUGUUUAGUGGGACUCUUCCAUUGGUUUGAGUCUUAUGAUAAGGAGCAGCAUGAAACAAGCUGGGUACUAAAGGAGCUUGCAGAUGCAAUCUCUGUCUAAAAUCUUUGAGAAUUCUUGGAGAAUAAGUGAGGUCCCUGCAGGCUGGAGGAGGGCAAAUGUCCCCAUCUGCAAAAAGAAGAGCCAGGUAACUGCCGCCCGGCAAGGUUGACAUCGAUACCAGAAAAGCUCGUAGAACAGAUAAUUCAACAGUCGGUCUGUGAGCACUUAGGAAAGGAUGCUGUGAUUACUAAGACCCAGCAUGGUUUUUUUUUAAAAAAGUGGUGUCAGAUAAAUCUCAUUUCUUUUUUAAAAAAUUGAGUUACAAGCUUGGUGGAUCAGGGGAAAGCUGUGGAUAUAGUGUAUCUUGAUUUCAGUAAGGUUUUUGACAAAGGCCACCAUGGUAUUCUUGAGGAGAAGCUGGUAAAGUGGGGGCUGGAUGAUGUAACUUUUUUUUUUUAAAAAAUAAUUUUUAUUAAAGUUUAAAACAACAUAAAACAAAAAAAAAGAAAAACUCACAUAAAAAUAAUACAAAACUUAACAAUAGAAACACAAAACACAACAAUUAAAAACAAACUCUCUUUUCCAUUUCCAAUUUUACAUGACUUAUUUUCUAGACUUCCUCAAACCUCCCUCCUUUGUAUUCCAGUCCACAUUGUUUGUUCAGCAGUUUCUUUUCCACUUUUUUUUAAUCCCAAUCUUUAAUUUAGUAAAAUGUUAAAAUAUAUAACUUCAAUUUUUUUUAAACCUAGUCCUUGGUCUUAAUAUCAUAUAACUUUAAAGUUUUCCCUUUUAAUAUCAAAUUUCCAUAACUUUAACCUGUGCAGCUGGAAACCACUUGUUUUCAGUCCAACAUCACUCUAACAUUCCUUAAUUUUGCAGUGUUUCUGAAGAUAGUCUUUGAAUUUCUUCCAGUCUUCCUCCAUCGACUCUUCUCCCUGGUCACGGAUUCUACCAGUCAUUUCCGCCAGUUCCAUAUAGUCCAUAAGUUUCAUCUGCCAUUCCUCCAGCGUGGGAAGUUCUUGUGUCUUCCAAUACUUUGCGAUGAGUAUUCUUGCUGCUGUUGUUGCAUACAUAAAGAAAGUUCUAUCAUUUUUAACACCAUUUGGCCCACUAUGCCCAGGAGAAAGGCCUCUGGUUUCUUAGGGAAGGUAUACUUAAAUACCUUUUUAAUUCAUUAUAUAUCAUUUCCCAGAAGACCUUAAUCUUUGGGCACGUCCACCAAAGGUGAAAAAAUGUACCUUCAAUUUCUUUACAUUUCCAACAUUUGUUAUCGGGCAAGUGAUAGAUUUUCGCAAGCUUGACUGGGGUUAUGUACCACCUGUAUAUCAUUUUCAUAAUAUUCUCUCUUAAGGCAUUACAUGCCGUAAAUUUCAUACCUGUGGUCCAUAACUGUUCCCAGUCAGCAAACAUAAUGUUAUGUCCUACGUCCUGUGCCCAUUUAAUCAUAGCCGAUUUUACCGUUUCAUCUUGAGUAUUCCAUUUCAGCAGCAAGUUAUACAUUCUUGACAAAUUCUUAGUAUUGGGUUCUAACAAUUCUGUUUCUAAUUUUGAUUUUUCCACCUGGAAGCCAAUUUUCCUGUCCAAUUUAAAUGCCUCCAUUAUUUGAUAAUAAUGAAGCCAGUCUCGCACUUUGUUUAUUAGUUUUUCAAAACUCUGCAAUUUCAGUCUAUCUCCGUCUUGUUCCAAAAUUUCCCAAUAUUUCGGCCAUUUGACCUCCAUAUUGACCCUUUUCAAGGCUUUCGCUUCCAUUGGUGACAGCCACCUUGGGGUUUUAUUUUCUAGCAAAUCCUUAUAUCUUAUCCAAACAUUAAAUAGCGCUUUCCUGACAAUGUGGUUUUUAAAUGCUUUGUGUGCUUUGACCUUAUCAUACCAUAAAUAUGCAUGCCAUCCAAAUACAUUAUUGAAACCUUCCAAGUCCAAAAUGUCAGUGUUUUCAAGAAGUAGCCAUUCUUUCAACCAGCAGAAAGCUGCUGAUUCAUAAUAAAGUUUGAGGUCUGGCAGGGCAAAUCCACCUCUUUCCUUUGCAUCUGUUAGUAUUUUAAAUUUUAUUCUGGGUUUCUUGCCCUGCCAGACAAAUUUAGAAAUAUCUUUCUGCCACCUCUUGAAACAGUCCAUUUUGUCCACAAUCUGCAAAGUUUGAAACAAAAACAACAUUCUAGGCAAUACAUUCAUUUUUAUCGCAGCAAUACGGCCUAGCAGUGAAAGCUUCAAAUUUGACCAAAUUUCUAAAUCUUUUUUCACUUCUGACCAACAUUUUUCAUAGUUAUCCUUAAAUAAGUUCCCAUUUUUGCUGUCAUGUUAAUCCCCAGGUAUUUAACUUUCUUAACCACUGUUAAACCUGUCUCAUUCUGAAACCUCUCUCUUUCAAACGGUGUUAAGUUUUUCUCUAGAACCUUGGUUUUAAUUUGUUCAAUUUAAAUCCUGCCACUUGACCAAAUUCUUGAAUCAGUUCUAAAACUCUUUUAGUACUAGAUUCUGGCUCCUGUAACGUCAAUACUAAGCCAUCUGCAAAUGCUCUCAAUUUAUAGUGUUUAGUUCCGACCUGUAUACCUUUAACCAUCUGGUCCCUUCUAAUCAUAUUCAGCAACACCUCCAGGACCGAAACAAAAAGAAGAGGGGAAAUUGGGCAACCUUGUCGUGUCCCUUUUUCAAUUUUAAGUUCUUCCAUCACAACGUUAUUUACAAUUAGUUUAGCCUUUUGUUCUGAAUAAAUUGCACUUAUACCAUUCUCAAAACCUUGGCCUACCCCCAUACCCUGAAGAUUCUUCUUCAUAAAAUUCCAAGAAAUAUUGUCAAAGGCUUUCUCCGCGUCUACGAAUAUCAACACUGCUUUAGUGUUUAUAUUCACUUCUAGUUUUCCAAAAUAUCAAUUAUAUUCCUCAAAUUAUCAGACAAAUGUCUUCCUGGGAGAAAGCCCGCUUGGUCUUUAUGAAUCUCUUCCAACAGCACUUUUUUAAAUCUCUUCGCUAAAAUAUCUGCAAAAAUUUUGUAAUCCACAUUGAGUAAUGAUAUAGGGCGGUAGUUCUUUAGUUGUGUCUUUUCAGCCUCUGUUUUUGGUACAAGUGUAAUAUAUGCUUCUUUCCACGACUCUGGUGCUGGAUGAUGUAACUUUUAGGUAGAUUGUAGCUAGUUGACUGACAACACCAAGAGUGUUCAUUAAUGACUUUAACAGAUUUGAGAGCUGGGUCCAAGCUAACAAAGUGAAUUUCAAUAGGGACAAAUGUAUGGUUCCGCAUUUAGGCAGGAAGAACCAGCUGCACAAAAAUAAAAUGGGGAACACCGGGCUUACCAGUAAUGCAUGUGAAUAGGAUCUAGGGAUAUUAGUAGACCACAAGCUUAAGAGAGAACCAGGCAGAGAGCUUUCUCGGUAGUGGCGCCCACCCUGUGGAACGCCCUCCCAUCAGAUGUCAAGGAAUAAACCACUAUCUGACUUUUAGAAGACACCUGAAGGCAGCCCUGUUAAGGGAAGCUUUUCAUGUUUGAAGUUUUGUCGCUUUAUUAUUAUUAUUAAUAAUAAUAAUAUUCUCUUGGGAGCCGCCAGAUGGGUGGGGUAGAAAUAAAUUAUGAUGAUGAUGAAGAGUCAACAGUGUGAUGCAGCAGCAAGAAAAGGUACUACUAUUCUAGGCUGCAUCAACAGAAGUAAAUAAAGGUAAAGGUAAAGGAUCUUGGGAUGAUUAAGUCCAGUCAAAGAUGACUAUGGGGCUGCGGCAGCCAGUGUGGUGUAGUGGUUAAGAGCGGUAGUCUCGUAAUCUGGGGAACCGGGUUCGCGUCUCCGCUCCUCCACCUGCAGCUGCUGGGUGACCUUGGGCCAGUCACACUUCUUUGAAGUCUCUCAGCCUCACUCACCUCACAGAGUGUUUGUUGUGGGGGAGGAAGGGAAAGGAGAAUGUGAGCCGCUUUGAGACUCCUGAAGGGGAGUGAAAGGCGGGAUAUCAAAUCCAAACUCUUCUUCUUCUUCUUCAUCUUGCUUCAGGCCAAGAGAGCCAGUAUUUGUCCACAGACAGCUUUCCAAGUCAUGUGGCGAGCAUGACUAAACUGCUUCUGGCACAACAGGACACUGUGAUGGAAGCCGGAGCGCAUGGAAAUACCGUUUACCUUCCCACUGCAGCAGUACCUAUUCAUCUACUUUCACUGGUGUGCUUUCAAACUGCUAGGUUGGCAGGAGCUAGGACAGAGCAACGGGAGCUCACCCUGUUGCACAGAUUUGAACCACCAAUCUUCUGAUUGCAAGCCCAAGAGGCUCAGUGGUUUAGACCACAGCACCACCCAUAUUCCUAUAUCAACAGAAGUAUAGUAUCCAGAGUGAGGAAGUAAGUGGUCUGCCUUGUUCAGACCAAACCUGGAAUCUCAUGUCUGGUUCUGGGCUCCACAGUUUAAGGAGGAUAUUGACAAGCUGGAAUGUGUGCAGAUGAGGACAACCAAGAUGGUCAAGGGUCUGGAAACCAAGCCAUAUGAGGAAUGGUUGAAUAUGUUAACAGGGUAUGUUUGGCCUGGAAAAGAUGGGAAUGAGAGGAGAUAUGAUAAUAUCUAAUGGGCUGUCACAUGGAAGAUGGAGCAAGCUUGAUUUCUCCUGCUCCAGAGGGGAGUAGUGGUACCAGUGACUUGAAGUUACAGGAAAGGAGAUUCCAACUAAACAAGGGGAAGAAAUUUCUGAUAGUGAGAGCUGAUCAACAGUGAAAUGGGAGGUGGUGGACUUUCCUUUCUUGGAAGUUUUUAACCAUCUGUCAUGGAUGCUUUAGUUUAAUUUCCUGGGAUGAUCCUUGGGAACCCUUCCAACUCUACGAUUCAAUGAUUUUAAUUUUGAGUGCCCUUAGUUUUCCCUACAAUUUAUCAGUAAGAAAUUUAUCAGCUAUAUAAUUCUACUAUGUAUGUGACUAUGAAGCUCCUCAACUUGGCUCCACAGGUGAAUGCAUGAAAUAUAUAUGGGAUAUGUCAGGCGCGUCCAACUUCCAAGAGACUGCAAUCUACUCACAGUAAAAAAAACACCUGGCAGUGAUCUACCCAUUGUCAUUGGAGGUUGGAUCACCAAUUGAUGACACAAAAUACUAAUAGUAAGCAAUUCUUCACAUUCCUUAACAACAGAAGAAAAGCAGGUCCUAUAAUUGGGACUCGAUUUUGUUCCUAAGCCUCACUAUAACGCUUUUCGCACCAGGGUAGAGUUACAUAAAUUUGUGUGUAAUAUUAAGUUAUGUGACAUGUUUGGUAUCAGAGAUCAACAGCCACAGCAAUUUAGACCUAAAUCAUCUUUUAUCCUGCCCAGCUUUAAUCUUUCCAUCACUUUGUUUCAUCAAUUGGUGAUCUGUGAUUUGGAUAAACUUGAAAAGAGGAGCCCUAGGACCCAGGACAAUUUAACCAAGUCCCAACAUGCCUGCCUUAAUGACUUAUCAAAUGAUACUAACAUUAUCAUAAAACCAGCUGAUAAAGGAGGGGGAAUUGUUACCAUGAGUAGACUUUGAAACAGUAAAAUAUUGUUGGUAUAUUAUUAGCCAACGUGUUUCUUCUUGUUGUUCAGAGUGGUGCAAAGUAAGGCCAUGAUCAUCUACAACUUUAUCAUGGAUGAAGAGACUGGCAUGGCUUGCAUUACUGAGACUUAGGUGAGUGAGCUGGGAGGGCUUGACCAUAUGGGUACUUGGUACAGCACAAGGCUCGAUGGGGGCGGGUUGAGGGGUGGGUGUGUAGCUAUUGUGCAUAAAGCACCAUCUCCUUUACCAAAAAGCCACUUGUGAUUUUGGACAGGUUCAGAGAAUCUCCGCCUGGCAUUGGUCCAAAGAGACAGACUGGGAAUGCUGAUGGUCUGUUGACCACCUUGUUGCCCAGCAGCUUCUCUGAUGGAGCUGGCCAAGGUAAUAUCUGGGGUACUGAUGGAUGACUCUAGGAUGAUAGUUCUGGGUGACUUCAAUAUUCUUAUGUUGGCUCCCACUAGGCCAGCUCAUGCAACUCUCUCAAGUGGCCAUUGGUCUACAUCAAGGAGCUGUAGUCUUUGCCCAAAGUGAUAUGUGGAAUGGACAAAGGAUGGGCUGGGGUGAAAUGCACUCCCUUUUCAUGGUUGGAUCAUUGCCCAAUAAAGCUUGGAAUGGCAGUGGCAACUCCCCGCUGAAAGGUUGGUGGGCCUGUUUAGAUGGCCUGCCCUCAGAGGCUAAUGGAACUGAUAUGUUUUUGAAAGCUCUGGGGAUUUUCUGGUGGAUAAAGCUGUGAUCAUGUCAAAGCCCCGGUCUCGCUAUGCAAUGUGAUGACACAAUUACCCCCAAGUAUCCUGUCCAGCUUAGUAAAACUCAAGUGGCCCCUUGGCAUCCUGGGGAACUCUGGACUAUGAAGCAAGCUGGACAAAGAUUAGUGUGCAAAUGAUUCAAGUCGUGCUCUGAAGCCAACUGAACAAAGCACAUAAUCAGGUGUGCCAUGUGGUAGUGUGGGCUGCGAAGAAGGCUCAGUUUGCAGCUUGCAUGGCAUCCUCUAGGAGCCAACCAGCAGAGUUAUUUCAGAUGGUAAGGCCUCUUUUAAAGAAGCUGCUGCUUUUUUUGAGUUUUGGAGUAGCCCGGAGGCAACAAGAGCCCUGAAGAAGGUCCUGGGGAUGACCAGGAUGUUGAGGCGUCCUGUGGUGACCAAACAAGCUCCCAACGGGCCUGCUUGGUCCCACGAAGAGCCAGGUCGUCCCAGUGGUGGAGCCGUGGUCGCUGGGCUCUGACACAGUCCAGCAGCAGGCUGCCCCGUCUCAGGAGUGGUCAGUUUCCAAAAUUUUAACCAAAGGAACAAAAGGAUUAAUUGUGAAUUAUUUAGCCUAUUGGAACUAUUUGUUGUAUUGACUGGAAAACGAAAAGGGAGUCUACUCCGGAAAUGGUUGCUGCCUUGCAUGGGAAUAAGCUGUUGGAAAAAAUAAAGGUACGUACAAAUAAAAAGUCUGCCAUCAGAAAUAAAGGAAGGGGGUUGUCAAAUUGAGAAGCUUAAGUGAUUGAUCUUUAAGAUGCACCCCCCCCGCCGGUGAUUUACUGUCUGUAACCACUUGUUCUAUAUUUUAUAAUAAUAAUAAUAAUUAAUAAUAAUAAUACUUUAUUAUUUAUACCCCGCCCAUCUGGCUGGGCUUCCCCAGCCACUCUGGGCGGCUUUCAAAAGAAUAUUAAAAUACAUCAAACAUUAAAAGCUUCCCUAAACAGGGCUACCUUCAGAUGUCUUCUAAAAGCCUGGUAGUUGUUGUUCUCUUUGACAUCUAGUGGGAGGGUGUUCCACAGGGAAGGCGCCACUACCGAGAAGGCCCUCUGCCUGGUUCCCUGUAACUUGGCUUCUCGCAGUGAGGGAACUGCCAGAAGGCUCUCGGUGCUGGACCUCAGUGUCCGGGUAGAACGAUGGGGGUGGAGACGCUCCUUCAGGUAUACUGGACCAAGGCCGUGUAGGGCUUUAAAGGUCAGCACCAACACUUUGAAUUGUGCUCGGAAACGUACUGGGAGCCAAUGUAGGUCUUUCAAGACCGGUGUUAUGUGGUCUCUGCGGCCGCUCCCAGUCACCAGUCUGGCUGCUGCGUUCUGGAUUAGUUGUAGUUUCCGGGUCACCUUCAAAGGUAGCCCCACGUAGAGCGCAUUGCAGUAAUCCAAGCGGGAGAUAACCAGAGCAUGCACCACUCUGGCGAGGCAGUCCGCGGGCAGAUAGGGUCUCAGCCUGCGUACCAGAUGGAGCUGGUAAACAGCUGCCCUGGAUACAGAAUUGACCUGCGCCUCCAUGGACAGCAGUAAGUCCAAAAUGACUCCCAGGCUGCGCACCUGGUCCUUCAGGGGCACAGUUACCCCAUUCAGGGCCAGGGAAUCCUCCACACCUGGCCGCCUCCUGUCCCCCAAAAACAGUACUUCUGUCUUGUCAGGAUUCAACCUCAAUCUGUUAGCCGCCAUCCAACCUCCAACCGCCUCCAGGCACUCACACAGGACCUUCACUGCCUUCACUGGUUCUGAUUUGAAAGAGAGGUAGAGCUGGGUGUCAUCUGCAUACUGAUGAACACCCAGCCCAAACCCCCUGAUGAUCUCUCCCAGCAGCUUCAUGUAGAUGUUGAAAAGCAUGGGGGAGAGGACAGAACCCUGAGGCACCCCACAAGUGAGAGCCCAGGGGUCUGAACACUCAUCCCCCCCCACCACUUUCUGAACACGGCCCAGGAGGAAGGAGCGGAACCACUGUAUGACAGUGCCCCCAGCUCCCAGCCCCUCAAGACGGUCCAGAAGGAUGUUAUGGUCGAUGGUAUCAAAUGCCACUGAGAGAUCCAGCAGAACUAGGAAACAGCUCUCACCUUUGUCCCUAGCCCGCUGGAGAUCAUCAACCAGUGCGACCAAGGCAGUUUCAGUCCCAUGAUGAGGCCUGAAUCCCGACUGGAAGGGAUCCAAAUGGUCCGCUCAAUCACCUUGCCCAAGAAUGGAAGAUUUGAGACUGGGCGAUAGUUGGCCAUCGUGGCCGCAUCUAAAGAUGGUUUUUUAAGAAGCGGUUUAAUAACCGCCUCUUUCAGCGGGUCUGGGAAGGCUCCCUCACGGAGGGAAGCAUUCACCACCCCACGAAGCCCAUCGCCCAGCCCUUCCCGGCUUGCUUUUAUAAGCCAGGAUGGGCAAGGAUCAAGGAGACAAGUGGUUGGUUUCACUCGUCCAAGCAGCCUGUCCACAUCCUCGGGGGUAACAGAUUGGAAUUGAUCCCACACAACUUGACUAGACAGGACUCUAGCACUCUCCCGCCCCAGCCCUGCUCCCACGGUGGAGUCCACCUCUUCUCGAACCUGAGCAACUUUAUCUACAAAAAACUUUGAAAAUUCAUUGCAGGAGAUCAUGUGGCCCGUACUGGGCCCUGAUGGAGCAGGUGGUUCCGCUAAAUUGCGAACCACCUGAAAGAGUCUCCUGCUGCUGUUUUCCGCAGAUGCAAUAGAGGCGGUGAAGAAAGUCUUCUUCGCCGUCGCUAUUGCCACUUGGUAGGCUCAACAUUGAGCUCUAGCCCGUGUCCAGUCAGAUUCAGAAUGGGUUAUCCGCCACCGGCGCUCUAGCCGUCUCAACAAUUGUUUCAUUGCCCUCAGAUCCGUGGAAAACCACAGGGCUCUCCAGGCUCCAUGCAAUCGGAGAGGGCGCUUUGGAGCCAAACAGUCAAUAGCCCUGGUUAACUCCACAUUCCAGCAGGCCACCAGGGAAUCGGCUGAAAGGCCAUCAACAGGGGAUAAAACAUCCCCUACCACUCUCUGGAAACCGUUUGGAUCCAUUAAGUGGGGGGGGGGCGGACCAUCCGAAUUGGUCCCACCUCCCUGCAGAGGGGAAGGGUCGCGGAGAAGUCCAGUUGCACCAGGAAGUGAUCUGACCAUGGCACUUCUUUGGUUUCACUUUUACUUAGUGUCAGAUCACCAACAUCCAUAGAGGUGAACACCAGGUCUAAGGCAUGCCCGUGGCUAUGAGUUGGGCCAAACUUAUUCAGGGACAGCCCCAUGGAGGCCAUGCUUUCCACGAAGUCCUGAGCGGCCCCUUGUAAGGUCGUGUCGGCAUGGAUGUUAAAAUCCCCUAGGACAACAAACUAGGUGUCUCCAGGAGGACAUCCGUCACGACCUGAAGCAGCUCGGACAGGGAAUCCUUGGUGCAGCGGGGAGGUUGGUUCACCAAUAGGAAUCCUGUACUGCCCCUAUUGCCCAACUUCCAGAACAUGCACUCAGAAAACUGGGUCUUCCCAAUAGGACGCCUGGUGCAAACUAAUGACUUCCUAAAAAUCACUGCAACCCCCCCUCCCCGCCCACAAGGCCUGGGUUGCUGUGCGUAAGAGAAACCUGGUGGACAAGCAGCGGCAAGGACAGGCCCAUCUGCUUCAUCCAACCAAGUUUCUGAUACACAUGCCAGGUCAAAUCCUCCAUCCACGAUCAAAUAAUGGAUCACAAUGGUUUUAUGGAUCAUUGACCUGGCAUUGCACAGCAGCACCUUCAGGUCGUGUGGGUAUCCCUUGCUGAUUCCAGUAUCCGUCUGGUCAGGACCAGACCCGGAGGCAGGGAUAGUCCUCAGACAACGACUAAGCCUGCUUCCUCGGUAAUGACAUGGUCUGGUCUUAGCGUAACUCCUCCUCCUACCCAUGAUCACUGAGAUCUGUUGUCCCAGUGCAUCCCCCCCUGUGGAACCUGCCCCAGCCAUUUUGUUUGCUGGGACCCACUCCCGGGCAGCCCUGACCCCUCCCCUUAAAAUCAAAUUAAAACCUAGACAGAAAACAAACUAACAGAACAAUAAAACUAUAAAAACAAAAAACAAAGUUACAAACAACAUAAUUAAAUUAAACAAAUUCCCACACCCAACUAAACACCCACCCCACCCCACACACCCGAGGCCUCCCUGGAGCCCCUUAGGCUGCGGAGGUGAGUAUGGGGCCCGCCCCCAGGCCCAAAGUGGAAAAAAGGGCUUCCAGGGGGAGCGGUCCUCCCCAAGACUCACCGGCAAAGCGGCAGCAGCAAUUUUAAAGGAUAUACAGUUAUAACUUGCUUUUUUCUUCUUUGCUCUUGAGAGGGGAGGGAAGAGGAAAGACUGUAAAUUAUUGUUGGACCUUUACUUUUUAUCUUAAGGGGUGAGGCUUUAAAAAGGUGUCAAUAUUUGUCUAUCUAGGAAUUAUUUCUGUCACCAACAAUACUCAAUCGGGUUUUGUGCUUUAAGUAUUUUGUCCUUUUCAGGGCUGGCUUUUGA